AUGAAGAGAGAGAGAGAGAGAGAGCAAAGGUCAAAGUAAGCAGUUGUAGUUUUGUAGGAGAGAGAGAGAGAGAAGUAAUGAUUUGUGGGAAGGAAAGGAGAUCACAAAAGCUCGUGAUCAUGAGGAUUUUCCAUCUCUCUCUCUUUCUAUCUCUUCUGUUUCUGUCUCCUCUGCGCAUGAAGAGAGAGAGAUAGAGAAGAGGAGGAGGAACAGAAGGGAAACAGAAGCAGAAUUAGCAGAGUUUUUAUCAGCCCCUCAAGGAAUUUGCAGGCCCCCUUUUCCCCGUCUUUUCCUUUUCUCGUGAUCUCUCUCUCCCUCUCUCUCUCUCUCUCUCUCUGCAGCUUCGUGUUGAGGAAAAGCUUCCUUCCUUGGCUUUUACUUUCUUUUGCUUUUGUGAGCCAAGUCCUAGGCUAUAUAACUGUUGCUUCAAGCCCAGACAGUUGUAACGGGAUUCGGAUUAUAGAACCGUUCCCUCAGAACGACGUUGCGUUAAGGAAUUUCGAGCGAUCCUCCUUAACCUCCAAGCCCAAGAAGACUCUCUCAAAAAACCCAGAUACAGAUUGGUGUUGCAGAAGAAGACGGCGGAGGAGGAGGAGUAAAAAUGGGGUCUUGCGGGAGGAGCGGGACGGUGAGGCAGUACGUAAGGUCGAAGGUCCCACGGCUGAGAUGGACUCCGGAGCUCCACCAGUGCUUCGUCCACGCCAUCCAACGUCUCGGCGGUCAAGACAAGGCGACGCCUAAGCUGGUGCUGCAGUUGAUGGAUGUGAGAGGGCUCACCAUCUCUCACGUCAAGAGCCAUCUCCAGAUGUACAGAAGCAUGAGGAGCGACCUGGGCAGACCAGAUAGGGGCUGUGUCGAUGGCGACGGUGGGUGCGUGGACGAAGUGAACGAUCAUCACGCAUUCGCUAAACCUGUUCAUCGUUCUCGAUUCGCAUGCAGCACUCUUCCUUGUAAACGAUCGAGGACGGAGAAGGUGGCGACGACGACGACGGCGACGACUUCAGCAGCAGUUGCAGAACAAGCGCCGUACGGCUUGAAGGCACAGGGCGUUGAUGGUUUCAGAUGGCACCACCCUCCAUGCAUGCCCCGAGAUCUUCACAGCUUCAACGAUCAUCAUCUCGAAUGCGCCGGGAAAGAAGAAUCUGAAUUCCCCUUGAGUGCGAAGCUUCAAGAUCGGACGCAGAUGCCCCAAAAAGGGUUCGAGCUCACAGACUGGAGAAGCUUCCCCCCGGAGGAAUACAAAGAAUCCGAAGGUUGCGAGUUGUCGCUCUCGCUCUCGCUCCAACGUCACUCCAUUCACAGAAGCAACGGUUCUUCUUCGGCCAGCGAGAUCAGCGAGGCCUUCUCGUCGUGCUCGAGGUCAAGGGACUGCUCGGGUUCGUACUCGGAUAAUAAAAGCAGCGUAAAUUUGGAUCUGUCCAUUGCUCUUUGCGGCGCUUGAGUUAAGUUGCUGUAAAAAUGGUGUGGUGCAACGUUUUGUAUUCUUUUUUGGUUGGUUUUGAUCAGAUCAUCCCCUUUUUUUAUGAUUCAUGGUAGGUUGGUAGUACCACUUCGGCUACAUAUAUAUAUGAAGCGUUACGUAGUACGUCUUGAUGGUGGACGAAUAGGCAGUGAACCUAGCAUUGUAUAUGUACUUCUGUGUUAGAUUGUGAAUGUGCUCUAAGCAUGUGUUUUGGCA